UCUCUCUUAUGGACGAACCCGCCAAUCAUCGCAAUACCGGUUAUGGUGGAGUUGUUGAUACAAGGCAGGCAGAACGAACAAUGCUUCUAAUGAAAUGUCCUGCAUUGGUCUCUCGCUCUUUUCAGCCUCCUUCCAAUGGCCCUUCUCGCCAUGUGGCCAAACUUUUCAUCUCCAUCGACCCCCUUCUGCCCAUGGAUGACAAAACUUCUUCUCAGUUUAUGAUUUUUCAAUGGGAAGAUUUCUAUGAGGGAAACAUAUUGAAGUUGGACAUGAGACCUCUUCAUGAAACAUGGAAAAACUGAAAACGCUGCCGUGAACGAACAAAAAAGUAUACGACCAAAAGUAGACAGAUACAGGUCAUUGAUAAUGACACUGGAAGUCAUAUGCGACCUAUGCCAGGGAUGAUGAUUCCUCUUGGAUUUACUGAAAAGAAGAAAGCCCCGGCUAAAGCGUCUGAAGUGAAAAGAACAAGAAGGGACCGUGGAGAGAUGGAAGAUAUUAUGUUUAAGCUCUUUGAAAGGCAAUCCAAUUGGACUUUACGACAGCUAAUUCAAGAGACAGAUCAACCUGAACAAUUUCUGAAAGACAUUCUCAAAGAACUUUGUGUUUACAACAACAAGGGAACUAACCAGGGCUCGUAUGAGCUGAAGCCAGAAUACAAGAAACACGGCGAUGAAUCAACUCCUAAAUAGGUUCUUAGUAUGCCUUUGAUUAAUUACUUCGUUAAGUUAUCGAUUCAAGCUACUUUCUUGUCCAUAAAAUAUUUUCUUUUAUGUAUUUUUCUGUAAGCAGUAUUCAGGUAUAUUUUCAAAUGCAAUAGAGAAAUUUUGAGAUACAAACAAUGAGUCUUUCUAUUUUCUUAGGUUUAAUUUUCAAACCCUCGUUGAU